AUGUGGAUAAAACCAGAAGAGUUCCGAGAUAAAAAGCGAGGGAAACAGAAUGCUGCCGUGAAUUCUUUGACGACAGAAUCAACUUUAUUAGACACCAGUAUUCAAACACUGUACGAAGAAUCAUCUGUAAAAUCCUAUGUAUCCAUUUCCUCACUCACAAGUGAACAAUCAACAACAUUUCCAGAGGAGACAUUUGUCAACACUAAUGGUACAUCUCCAUAUUGUGACGACAUGUCUCUUAGAAACCUACAGAUGGAUUGUGUGCCAAUUAUUGAAAACGUAAAGGAAAUGGUUGAUUCCGUUCUUCGGGGAAAUUUAUCAAACACAGAAAUGGAGGUAAUGAUUGAUCAUGCGCUACUCAAAUUACAAGAUAUUUCAAUAAACAAAGAACAAACUCCAGAAGAUUUAGACAGCUCCAUAGACAUGCUCGAUAAAAUAUUGAAUGUCUCCCAGACAUCCAAUGUUUCACUUCCAAGGACGGUGAUUAUGACAACAAUUGACAAUCUUCUAGAAGUAAAUCAUACUGCCGCAUGGAAUAACACGUCCACAAAAGAGGCAAGUGCAAGAGUGAAUAAGAUUUUCAAAACAGUAGACAAAUUUGGCAUGUAUGUCUUAAAGACCAUCGAGAACAAGAAAAGCAUCACUUUUAACUCUACAAAUAAUAUAGGUACUGAAUAUUAA